AUGUCGUCUUCGGGAGUUCCGUUGUUGGCCGAUGGACAAUGGCACGGGAAGCUAAAAGGGCCGGUCAUCUGCUCCGAGUCGAGCGAGUACACAAAAGGCAUUUACCCUUUGUUCUUGUUGCAGUUCAUGUCGAUCUCCCUUGUCUAUGUCACCCUCAGAGUUCUUCUCAGGUCUCUUCGACAGCCCCAAUUCGUUUGCAGUGUUUUGGCCGGCGUUCUAGUGAGCAAUUUCGUCAUGGGGAGGACCAACAUCUACUUGAAGAAUGCCUUCCCGGACGAAGAACUACUACUGGUUAGAACCACAGGUGAUCUCGGCUUGACAUACCUUCUAUUCUUAUUGGCGGUGAAGACGGACAUGACUGUCAUCCAGCGGUCGAUGAGAAAUGCCUCGAUCAUUGGCUCGUCAACCAUACUUAUGACUUUCGCCGUCCUCUCGCUCUUGACCCAUACCUUGAGUCUCCCUGGAAUACGUAAGGGGUUCUUCCAGUACAUAUUUGCUGGGAUUGUAUCGCUCACGCGAUUUCCUAAUAUUGUCUACGCUUUCAAUGAGCUCAACAUUAUGACGUCCGAUUUAGGCCAGCUCGCUAUGUCUUGUUCCAUCCUCAGCGAAGUAUUUAUAUGGGUGUGGUUGUUCAUAGGCAUAUACCUUCGACACCGUCCACAAUUUCUUUGGUCCGUUUUGGCUGCCUUGGGUGCGAUAUUGGGUAUUUUCUUCAUUGUACGACCCUUGAUCAUGUUGAUUAUCCAGAGGACGCCGGAAAGCAAAUCGGUGCGCGAAGUUUACAUCACAUCUAUUUUCAUUGGAUCUUUAAUUGUAGGAGGUUUAACCGACAUGUUCGGUGCCAUGCAUUUCGGAGUUCUUCUUUUCGGACUAGUGAUACCGAAUGGACCGCCACUGGGGUCGACCCUAAGUGAGAAGAUUGAGGCGGUCUGCACGGAGGUUCUGAUGCCAAUGUUCUAUGUCGCUAUUGGGUAUAACAUGGACCUUAGUUUGAUGGAAUUCAAGAUCUCCAGAGAGAUUUUCCUUUUAACGUUUGUUAGUGCUCUAACAAGGGUUGUCGGAGCUCUAUCCGCGGCAUUAUUCUGCAAAGUGAGGCUCCGACAUUGUGUCUUGCUUGGCCUCAUGUUGAACAUCAGGGGUCCAUAUGACAUACAUCUACUCAACCGCUGGCUUGUGAAGAAGGACAUAGACAAGCAAACUUUUACAACGUUGAUAUUAUCAGAUAUAGCACUUACAGCAAUCGUGACGCCUUUGAUAGAUCGUUUCUACAACCCCCAUACGAGAUUAAUUGCGUCAAGCCGAAAGUGGACAAGAUCCAUGCAAACAGCCCCGAGGAAUGUAGAAUUGCGGGUUCUUUGUUGCGUUCAUAACGAAGAUAAUGUCCCAGGCAUCAUUUCGCUCCUCGAAGCAUCAAACCCUACGGUCGAAAGCCCCAUAUGCGCCUACGUUGUCCACUUGAACGAGCUCGUUGGCCGCACAAUACCGAUCAUGAUCCCUUACAAGAAGCAGAUGACAAGAGUUCGAUCCAAGAGGUCAUCGCACCGUAUAAUGUGCGCGUUUGAGAAUUACUCCCACAACUCAAAUCACUUGGUGAAGGUAAAGCCCUACACGGUGAUUGCGGCAUACAAGAACAUGCACGAGUACAUCUGUCGGCUUGCUCAAGAAGAACUCAUUCCUCUUAUCGUCAUCCCAUUCCAUGGAAGCCAAGACACUUCCAACGUCGCAGAGCCCGUCGCCUUCCGGAAUCUGAGUGAAAACAUACAAAUUUACGCUCCGUGCACGAUUGCGACAUUGGUGGACAAGGGCACACACCGUUGCACGAGUAAAGCACAGUUGAUUGCAAGUAAGGUUGGUGUGAUAUUCAUUGGUGGGACAGACGACCGUGAGGCAUUAGCGUUGGCUAUUCAGAUGGUCGGAGGGCCCAAUGUGGGUGUCGUGGUGCUUCGGUUCGUCUUCCCCAAAGUUGAUCAGGAUAUUGAAGAAAAGGUGGACGAGAAGCUCGAUGAUGAGCUCAUCAACGAAUACAGGGCGAAGCUCGACGCAACUGAAGGUUGUAUGUACCACGAGGUAGCUGUAGAAGAUUCCGAGCAAGCGAUGAGUCAUAUUCGAGCUUUGAAGGACGAGUUUGAUCUCAUAAUGGUUGGACAAACAAGAAGGGCGGGGAGUUUGUUCUCGGAGAAAACAAUGUUGAAUUGGAGCGAGAAUCCGGAGCUUGGAGUGAUCGGAGAUUUCUUGGCAUCAUCGGACUUCUGCAGAGACAUGACGUCUGUGUUGGUGACGAAACAUCACGGCGACACCAGCAGCUCCCUUCACAACACUGCAAAUGAACAGGAACGAGAGUAUCUUCUUAGAAGAACAGUUUGUUGA